AUGCUAUCCGUCCCUUCGAAAGGUCUGCAGCACCCGUACACCAGAGACAUUCCGAGGCCUUCUAGCAAUCCUUUGGACUUGAACUUGGACCCCUCCUCGUCUCCAACCAGCUCACCUCAGUCCUUUCUGCCUCAGGUCGCUGCUAUGAGAUUUAAUUUGAUUGUCUACAGUGUUCUGCUCGUCGCUGUCUCGACAUCCUACCCGUUCUGCUUUGCCCAGGCUGCGACCGUUAUCACCUCGUUACUGACCACGGAAACUAUCAUUACCAACCUGUACACAUCACUACUGGCUGGGACAACUACUCAAGCUCCAGUCACGGUGACCCGCAUUGUACAAGCUCCAGUAGGGCCUGCCUCUCAGACGGCCGCUUAUCCUUUACCUGGCUCUCAACCAGCCCAGCUCGGCGGGCAAGGCGCGCACCUUGGCCUCAGUCAGCCCAACCCGCUGGAUGGUAUAGGAGGUAUUGUUGGUGGCGUUGCUGAUGCUGCUGGUAACGUUGUGAGAAGUGGAGCUGGGAUUGCUGAUGAAGUGGUCGGCACUGCUGGCGAUGUUGUUCUGGGUGUGACAGGUGGGGACCUUCGCGCGCCCUUACCAGUACCUGUGCCGGUGCCUGUCCCAGGAGCACCGGCCAUACUAGCGGUGCCGGGGAUACCUGGUGUCCCUGGUAUCCCAAAUAUCCCAGGCAUCCCUGGAGUACCAGGAGUCCCGGGGCUGCCAGGGGCACCGGCCAUUCCUGGAAUUCCAGCACCUCCGGGGGUCCCAGGCAUAUCAGGAGUACCAGCAGCUCCUGGAGCCCAUGGAGGUGCUGUACUUACCGGACUCGCGCCCCUUCCUGCACCUGCACCUGCACCAAUGCCACUGCCGGGUUCUCCAGGAUUGCCAAUGCCAACUUUCCCCGUCCCUGCGGGACAAAUCUUUGGGCCUGUGGCAACGAUUCCUUCAGAGUCAUUGCCCACUUCGACUGCCGGUUCUGGCGCCAGUUUUUCAGUUGGACCUCCUGCAAUACCUCCAGCCGGCACCUUCAACAGCGAGAGAUCCAAUCCCAAGUUCAAUAUUGCCCUCGACGACCGCUUCGAGUCCAGUUCCAACCACAUCGGGAUCGGCAAUGAUCUCUUACAUGACAAAAACUCUGACACGGCCUGGGACUCUCGACGUCGAGGUACAUGGAACUGUGACGCAUGUUUUCCGAGGCAGUUCGUUCUUAUCGCAUGUCUCAUCACGAUCGUCAUCGCAGCCUUCGUCGACUUCCUCGGUACAAACCUCGACCCAAGCUUUGCCGACCCCUAA